GCCACGGAGGAGCACCCAGAGCACAGCUGGAAAAUGGGAGUCGUGUUUGACUGCGGAGCGAGACUAAAUGUAGCACGUUUUAUUCUUGCCCUGCGCAGGCGGAAUGUGUAAAGUUACUGAAGGCUUCGGAGAUGAGAAUGUGUCGUCUUCCCGUGGGUUUCUAGCCAAGUUUUGUUUCCUCUUCUUCUUGACACGCUAGUCACGUUAAGCUAAGUUAACUAACGGUCCCGUCUGGGAGUGCUCGCCCGAAAUGGAUCAGUCUGUGGCGAUUCAAGAGACUUUGGACGACGGAGAAAACUGCCUCAUAGCUGUUCAGUGUCUCCUGCUGCUGGAUAAUGGGACUGAGAGCAGACUCUUGGGUCUGGUGGAGCAUAUCAAGGAACACGCGUUAUUCAUGUUUAUGCACAGAAGAAUGGCAAUCACUGGUAGUGAUGUAACACUGCAAAAAAUAAUUCCCAUUUCAUACGACUUUUCUGUUGUUGAAGUGUCCUCCCCAGAGGAGCUUGCUGUAGUUGGUGCAGACACUCGAUUGAGGGUGACAUUCCUAAAUGAGGAGAUAGAGUUCAAAUUACCUUUUGGGUCCCACACACGUCUUUUCCUCAGUGAGGUCAACAGAGCAUGGUGCGAUGUCUGUGAGCAGUACCCAAAGUCUCCAAAGUUUGACUGGCUUACCAAAUACCAGAAAAGUGCCAAAGAGCCUGGAUCAUUACCUUCCAUUGCUGCAUCAACUGGCAAGAUUGCAAAAAGAGAGAGAUCCCAUUCUGCCGACACCAGAGGACACAAAGAGGACAAACAUACAAAUUCCAGCACAGACAAGGCCAGAGGAGAGGGUGCUCAUGAGAAGAAGGAGAGUCUUAUCUGGCCUACACCCUGGAUUGAUAACCGUGAAACUAGCAGCCAGGAGAGGGUGAAAGGUGAGGGGAGGAAUGAGCUGGUUCGCUUGUCCACACACACAGUAUCUAAUAAAGCCCAGAUGCUUACCAUGCCCCAGUUUGGUCUGCGAGACACCCUCAUCAAGUGUGAACUUCUCAAGAAUGAGGAUGCUUACACAUAUAUCGAGAACUUUAGUUUUUUCCUGGGCACAUACAAUGUAAAUGGGCAGACACCGAAGGAGAGUCUUCGUUCAUGGCUGGGCUGCACGCCUCAGCCCCCUGAUCUCUACUGCAUAGGAUUCCAAGAGCUGGACCUGAGUAAAGAGGUAUUUUUCUUUAAUGACACACCCAAGGAGCAGGAAUGGAUGAAGGCUGUGUCUGAGGGACUCCACUCUGAUGCCAAGUAUGCCUUAGUGAAGCUGGUCCGGCUGGUGGGGAUUAUGCUACUUUUUUAUGUGAAGAAGGAGCACGCUGAGCACAUCUCUGAUAUGGAGGCAGAAACUGUAGGAACAGGCAUCAUGGGAAGAAUGGGUAAUAAAGGUGCGGUAGCAGUUCGCUUCCGAUUCCACAAUUCGGACGUCUGUGUAGUGAACGCACAUCUGGCAGCUCAUGUAGAGGAGUAUGAGAGACGGAACCAGGACUACAGAGACAUCUGUAGCAGAAUGCUCUUCAGGCAACUAGACCCAACACUUUCACCUCUUACCAUCAUGAAGCAUAGCAUUGUCCUGUGGCUUGGUGAUUUAAAUUAUAGAAUAAGUGACUUGGAAGUUGAUCAUGUGAAGGACCUUAUAAUGAAAAAGGAUUUUGAAACGCUACACAAUCAUGAUCAGUUAAAGAGGCAAAUGGAUGAAGAAGCUGUGUUUGUAGACUUCUUGGAGGGAGAGAUUGAAUUCCAACCAACGUACAAGUAUGACAUGGGUUCAGACAAGUGGGACACCAGUGAAAAGUGUCGUGUUCCAGCCUGGUGUGAUCGCAUCCUUUGGAAAGGGAAGAACAUUACUCAGCGGCAUUACAGGAGUCACAUGACCCUGAGAACCAGUGACCACAAGCCUGUCAGUUCUCUUCUGGAGAUAGGGAUCAAAGUGGUGAAUGAGGAGUCUUAUAAAAGAACAUUGGAAGAUAUAGUGCGAUCUUUGGACAAGCUAGAAAAUGAAUGCAUUCCAUCAGUGUGUCUGUCGAAGAGUGAGUUUCACUUCAAGGAUGUGAAGUUUAUGCAACAUCGAGCCGAGACUCUGACCCUUCACAAUGAUGGCCAGGUGCCGUGCAAGUUUGAGUUUAUCAAGAAGCUGGAUGAGCCAGCUUACUGCAAGCCUUGGCUCACUGCCAACCCAUCCAGGGGCUUUCUUGCCCAAGGAGAUAGUGUGGACAUUGACUUGGAACUGUUUGUGAACCGCUCCACGGCUCCAGAGUUGAACUCGGGCCAACAGCAGCUUGAGGACAUUUUGAUUCUGCACCUAGAGAGGGGAAAGGACUUCUUCAUCUCGAUCUCUGGCUCCUACCUGUCAAGCUGCUUUGGUUCUUCCAUUCAUACCCUCUGCCAGCUGAAGGAGCCCAUUCAGGAUAUGCCCCUAGAGACCAUACGUGAACUAAGUCUGAUGGCAACCAGUGAGACGAAUAGCCCAGAUACUGAGAAGGCUUUAGACAUUCCAAAAGAAUUAUGGAUGAUGGUGGAUCAUCUGUACCGCAAUGCCAGCAAACAGGAAGACCUCUUUCAGCAGCCAGGCCUACGCAGUGAAUUCGAGGAGAUCAGGGAUUGUUUGGACACAGGCAUGCCUGACACCCUGCCUGGAAGUAACCACUCAGUGGCUGAGGCUCUACUUCUCUUCCUUGAUGCCCUCCCUGAACCAGUGAUCCCGUUUUCAUUUUACCAGCAGUGCCUGGAGUGCUACUUCACCAGCGGCCAGUGUAAAAUGAUUAUAUCUAUGCUACCUCAGUGCCACAAAAAUGUUUUUAACUAUGUAACGGCAUUUCUCCGAGAGUUGUUGAAGAACUCUGCACACAACCGCCUGGACGUCAAUAUUUUAGCCACAGUAUUUGCUGCCUUAUUGAUAAGGUCCCCCACAAAGCAAGACAUUAUGGAGAAGAGGAAAACACAAGAGUUUUUCCAGCAUUUUCUGGUCCAGGAAACCCACUAACAUAGAUCACUGUCAACUUCAUGUCUUAUUUUACUGCAGUAUUUGCUUAACGAAAUUAGUAAUAAUUGGUUCAUGCAUCUAGUGUUUUUUUUUUUAGUUUUUUUUUAAUAUAAAUCAUCACAUUUGUGCUGAACAGCUGCCAUAUUUUUAAUUCUAAACCUUUUUAAAUAGCAGAUGAAACAGCAUAUUAUUGGAAGGCAGCAGAAACACUGACUUUUGUCGCUCUACUGUAAAGGAAAAUAUGUAUAAUUUAAAGAUCAGUUGUAUUUGUAUUUUAAAGUUUGUAAAUACAAAACAUUUUUAGAAUAAAAUAUAUAAUC